AUGCAUUCCAAAGAACAGUCUCAGUCCCCGCACACGCACGACUCAGAAGACAUUCAAGAAUUAGAACCAAAGGUUUUUGAAGUCACACCAGCCAAGGUCCAGCCCUACCCAGUCAUACUAACCUUUAGCCACAUCAACUACACCAUCAACGAAUUGGGCUUCAAUAAGAACUUUUUCAAAGAAAAGAAACUCCCCAUCACUUACAAGAAGAAAAAGAUCUUAGAAGAUGUAUCUGGAGUCAUUGGUGCUGGUGAGUUAGUUGCUUUAAUGGGUGGGAGUGGUGCUGGUAAGUCGACAUUACUUGAUAUACUUGCCGGUAUAUCUAAACGUGGAUCGACCACAGGGAAGGUCUUAGUGAAUAACAGAGAUGUGAAACACUAUAAGAGGUCGAUUGGGUAUGUUUCACAAACAGAUUACUUAAUGGGCACAUCGACUGUCGAAGAGGCUUUAACGUUUUACACCACGUUGAAGUCGUCUGUCGCAUCGAAGAAGACGGAGAGAGAACAAAUAGUGAAGGAAGUCAUGGACACACUCGACUUAACUAAGAUCAGAGACUCAAUCAUUGGAACAGAGAAACGGCGUGGAGUCAGUGGCGGUGAGAAGAAAAGAGUUUCGAUUGGGUGCGAGUUAGUGACGAACCCAUCAAUUUUGUUUCUUGAUGAACCAACGACGGGACUUGAUGCGUUCAGUUCUUUGGCAGUAGUCGACGCACUGCAGAAGUUGUCAAAUAAAGGUACUACUGUCAUAUGUACUAUUCAUCAGCCACGCCCACUCAUCUUCGAGAAGUUCACGAAGAUCAUUAUGCUCAACAGAGGCAAAAUGAUAUACUUUGGUUCACCAAAGCAAUGUCCCGGAUUUUUACAAGAAGCAGGAUUCCACACAGACGACAACAUAGCAGACGCAAUGAUGGACGCGGCAGCGUACGAGACUGGAAACGAGAAAGGAAAGGAACUUCUUGCUGAAAACAUAGGAGGGGAAAAGGGGAGCAUUCAGAAAGUGUUUGACGCACAUAAAGAAGAGAUCAAUCAACAAAUAGAAGAACUCAAUAGCAUUAACAUGGAAAAGAUGAAACGCAACUUUGGAAGACCUGUUGGGUUCUACGAACUGUACAAACGGCUGAUAGUCUCGGACAAAAGAGACCCCUCCCAAAUAUUGGGCCAAAUCUUCGCGAAGAUCUUUUUUGCGUUGUUGAUCGGGUCCAUCUUUUUCGAUAUCAAAAACGAUCAACAGGGCAUUCGAGACAAAAGCGGCGUGUUGUUUUUCAUUGUGACAAGUCAGGCAAUGUCGUUGAUGGAUUAUUUGGUCCAAUUUAUCGAGGAAAGGACUUUGAUGAGGAGAGAGAGCGGGAAAGGGCUAUACACAACAGCCGCCUAUUUUUUCGCUUACAUGUUACAUAGUUUACCGUUUUUGAUAUUAUACCCGACUAUAUACUUGGCCAUAGCAUAUCCAAUGCUCAACUUACGACCAGGUUUUGUCAACUGGUUGUGUAUGUGGGGGUGUCUUGUAUUAGCUACGUUAAUAGCACAAGGGAUGUUCUACUCCAUUUCAACAAUAUCGCCGAACGUGACCGUCGCGCAAAUCAUCGCGCCAAUAGUGAUUGUCGUUUUGAUGAUAUUCACCGGCUUUUUCAUUCAAAAGGAGAACAUCAUCGGGUUCUGGAUGUGGGCGUAUUAUUUGUCGUGGAUGAGGUACGCAUUCGAGUUGAUUAUGUUGAGCCAAUUUGAUGGACUCACACUGUAUUGUCAGCCAAACGAAUUGGUUGGUGGGCAAUGUCCAUACACAACAGGGGAAAAGUACCUUGACACUAUGGAAAUAUCAUCAUCGAUUUUGGUCAACUACUUUGUGUUGGCGGGGUUUCUCGUUGCCUUUGACGUGUUUGUCUUCUUCGCGCUCCACAUCUUCCACAAAGAAAAACGAUGA